AUGUAUUGCUUCGCUUUUCAACUUGUCAUACUGAGUAGUGUUUUGUUCUCCAACGUAUUGGGGCAUGGAAGACUUAUCGAACCUCCGUCCAGGGCGUCUAUGUGGAGGUAUGGUUUUAAUAACCCAAGUGACGAGAAUGACCAGGAAGCGUUUUGUGGCGGUUAUGGCGUCCAGUGGGGUAAGAAUAAUGGAAAAUGCGGAGUAUGUGGAGAUGCAUGGAAUUUGACUCCGCCUCGACCACAUGAAACGGGUGGUAAAUACGGUAAUGGGAUAAUAGUGAGGAAAUAUCGCGCCGGUUCUAUCAUCCCGAUAAAAGUAGAAAUGACGGCGUUCCACAAAGGAUACUUUGAGUUUCGGGUGUGUCCGGUAAAACAACGCGGUGUCGAAGUGACGGCCGAAUGUUUGAAUCAAAAUAUUCUGAUUGGGGCAGACGGGAAGUCCAAAUAUUACCCGCAAUCUGGACCAGGCCUUGUUGAGGUCAACUACAGACUACCUGCUCGCAUGACCUGUGAGCAGUGCGUACUCCAAUGGAGAUACGUAGCCGGAAAUAACUGGGGCGAUUGUGGCGAUGGAACAGGGGCUCUCGGCUGUGGUCCGCAGGAAGAAUAUAGGGCUUGUGCGGACAUUUCAAUUAGUAACUAAUAAUCAAUCUUCACUUUUUCCUCAAUUUAUAUCUGCGAGACCAACUAAGACGCCAUUAUCUGAAAGAACAUGCGCUUAUUGACUCUUCAGUUUGUUAGGUCCUUGGAUACCUUUGCUGCUUGUCAUAAAGUUGUUUAAAAUUAUUGUUCGUAAAAAAAAAAAAAAAAAAAAAAACACUCAAACUGGGUAUCGGACGGCCACCAGUUAUAUUCAUACCAUAAUUGAUGUAUGGCAUUACUAUUCAUAACACACGUUACAAGUGACACUCAAUUUGUCAAUAAACAAGAAAGAAGUUGUAAUAAUU